AUGUCUAAGAGUAAUAAAGACGAUUAUAUAGCUUUUCAUAAACUUACUAAAGGUUUAUUGACUAUCGGCGGUCUAUGGCGUUAUGAAGAUUCGGGUUUCUUUUAUCGUCUUUUGCCUUACAAGCAAUUGGCAAUAAGUAUCGGUUUGUCACUGGCAGUAUUGAAUUAUGUUUUUGAAAAUUUCUCAAAUCUUUCUCUUGUCGCUAGAGGUUUGAGUAUUACGACAAGUUUUUUGUCAGCUGCUUUCAAGGUGAUUUGUUUUAUGAUAAGGCGAGAAGAUCUAACGAAUCUCCACAAAACUCUUGAUCCAUAUUUCAACGAAAUGUUGAAGGAUUCAAAAUUAUCAAAAUUUAUUUUAAGAAAAGUAAAUAUGUUCCGAUAUAUUUCGUUAGUUUAUGCAGUAUUACUUUCGUUAUGUUCAGUAUUUUAUAUUGUUGCUCCACUAAUCGCAAUAUUCUAUUGCCGCCAUCACAAAAUUAAUUUAACCAAAUAUCCUCUCAUUUAUCCUACAACUUAUCCAUGGAAAAUAACUUCAACAGGGGUCGUUUAUCAAAUUCAUUACAUUUUUGAAAUACUCGCGUCUUUGACUUUAUUUUUUGUCACAACAAGUGUCGAUUCAUUAUUUACGUUUUAUAUUUUUCAAAUGAUCGGACAGUUACGUGAAAUUUCUUAUUGCAUUACGAAUAUUAAUGACGGAGAUGAUGAAAAAAAGGCAGUAUGUAAAUGUCUUACUCAAUUUGAAAAAAUACUAAAAUGUCGUGAAAUACUUGAAAAAAUUUAUGGGCCAAUUAUUCUUUGGAUUAUGACGACUAAUGCUAUUGUACUUUGUACACUAUUAUUUCAAAUAUCACAGAUGAAAAGUAUAACUGUUAUACAAGGGAUAUUAUUCACUACAUACUUUGUACUGAAGAUGAUACAGACAUUCAUGUAUGCAUGGAGUGGAUCAUGUUUAAUUGAAGAGAGUGAAGAUUGUAGAGACUCGGUUUAUGCUGCCAAUUGGUACGGAAAUAAACGUUUUAUGAGUUCUAUUGUAAUAAUGCUAUCGCAACGACCGUUAAUUUUGACCGCAUGCAAUUUUUCGGUCGUUUCUGUUAAAAUUUUUGUUAUGAUCCUCAAUACCACAAUAUCGUACUUCUUUCUAUUACAAACUCUUGACGAUCAUGAAUCAUUAUUUUUUGUAACAACAAGCAUAGAUUCUCUGUUCACUCUUUAUAUAUUUCAAAUGAUCGGACAAUUACGUGAAAUUUCUUAUUGCAUCACUCAUAUUGACGAAGACGAAAAUGAAAAUAAAGACAGUGUAGUUCGUAAAUGCGUCACUCAGUAUGAAAAAUUAAUGAGAUGCCGUGAAAUACUCGAGACAAUUUAUGGACCAGUGAUUCUUUGGAUUAUGGGAACCAAUGCUAUUGUGCUUUGUACUCUAUUAUUUCAGAUAUCACAGACAUUCAUGUACGCUUGGAGUGGAUCGAGUUUAACUGAAGAGAGUGAAAAUUAUAAACAUGCUGUUUAUGCUGCCGAUUGUAGCAUGGGACAUUGCGUAGUAGAAAAUUACCCAGAUGCAAUUUGCUCAUUAUCAUACAAUUUACCUGCUUAUGAAUAUACGAGGGAUUUGUACACUGUAAAUAUGUCGGAAAACAAAGUCUCUGAUUAUAUUAUGUACCGUGAAGUUACUAAAAAAUUAAUGACCAUUAUCGGACUAUGGCCUUACGAAAAUUCAAGUUUUUUUUAUCGACUUGUUCCAUACAUUCAAAUGGGUUUAAAUUUAGGAAUGGCAUUAGCAAUAUUUGGUUUUGUUCUUGAACAUUUUCCAAAUAUUGCUCUAGUUACUCGCGGUUUAAGUAUUAUGACAAGUUUUAUUACUGUUAUUUUGAAGGUUGCAUGCUUAGUUAUAAAUCAAAAAGAUUUAACGGAACUGCACACGAACCUCGACCCAUACUUCAAUAGAUUAUUAAAUAACUCAAAACUAACUAAACUUAUUUUGAAAAAAGUUAAAAUAUAUAAAUUUUUAUCAUGGGCAUUAACAUUUUGUGUUUUUACUUUUUUCGUAAUUAAUUGUUAUUUUAAUAAAACGAAAAUAACGAAAUAUCCAUUGGUAUACCCGAGUACGUAUCCAUGGAAAAUAAUAUCUAAUGGAUUUGUGUACAAACUUCACUUUAUUUUUGAAACACUUGCAACGUCAGCAUUAUUCUUUGUUACAACGAGUGUAGAUUCUUUAUUUACACUGUAUGUUUUUCAAAUGGCUGGACAACUACGAGAAAUGUCUUACUGUAUUACCCAUAUUGAAAACGAAAGUGACGGGCAUGCUGUGAUAAGCAAAUGUGUUAAUCAGUAUGAAAAAUUAAUGAGAUGUCGUGAAAUACUUGAGACAAUUUACGGACCAGUGAUUCUCUGGAUUAUGGGAACUAAUGCUAUUGUACUUUGUACACUAUUGUUUCAAAUAUCACAGAUGAAAAGUAUAUCUAUUAUACGAGGGUUAUUAAUUGGUGCAUAUGUUGGACUAAAGAUGGUGCAAACAUUUAUGUAUGCAUGGAGUGGAUCAUGCUUAACAGAGGAGAGUGAAGAUUAUAGAGAUGCAGUUUAUGCUGCCAAUUGGUAUGGAGAUAAACAUUUCAUGGACUCUGUAAUUAUUACACUUUCCCAAAAACCAUUAACCCUGACCGCUUGUAAUUUCGCCUUUGUCACUGUUGAUAUUUUUGUCAAGGUUCUCAAUACGACGAUAUCAUAUUUUUUUCUAUUACAAACCCUUGACGAAUAA